CUAAGUUGUUUGUACAAUUUCUUAAAUAACAUAUUUCUAUUACAGAGUGAUUCCCUAUAUGAGCCAGCUGGGACACCCACAGUUCUCUUUCGACGUCAACAGACUUUCCUUGACAUAGCCAGAGACAUUGACCAGCCUGCUGACCAGACAACCAACCAGUCAUCAGCCGUUCUGAAUGAGUACAUCCCUGCGGUUCAAACAGCACAACCCAUUCCACCAAGCCGUAUAACAGAUACUGCCAGAGAGCAGCUCAAACAACAAGCGAGCAUGUGCAUCACUGGUCCCAUUACAGAUCCUUUGCUCCUGGAGGUGAGACGUAACCACGUCAUGAAAGACGCCCUAGGCACCUUACGGUACUCACAGAGUGACCUCAGCAGCAAACUGCAGAUCAAGUUCAUUGGUGAGGCCGGUGUUGAUCUCGGUGGUCUCCGUCGCGAGUUCUUCUCCCUCCUUGCAUACCAGUUCAGCCAUUCAGCGCUUACAUCAGGUUCUCCCGGGCGCCUCACAUUAAGAAAGAACUUUGUGGAGCGUGAGAAGAACACCUUCUUCUACCUUGGUCAGCUUGUGGCUCUCUCCAUUCUUCAAGAUGGUCCAGGUCUGCCAGUGUUUGCCGACUGUGUGGUCAACAAGAUACUCAACAUCACAAAUGGUGUCAAUCCAAAUGACCUCAAUCCAGACUUGGUGAAAACACUUGAAGAGAUGACAGAUGCUUCGACUGACCGUGAGCUCCAGGACCUUUAUUUUAGCAUCUAUGACGAGCGAGAGGCAGCAGGGUUUAUCCUGCCAUCUAACAUCUUCAAGAAGGACCACAUCCCCCUCCUGCAGUCGGCCCUUGUUAACAACAUGGUGUUGAACUGCAGAGAUGAACUGGACCAGUUCAUUGAAGGUCUACAAACUCAUGAUGUUCUGACCAUAGUGAGACAGGAGAAGUUGACCUGUCUAUUCAGUGGUGGUAAGCCGCCAGUCACUGUUGCCGAUGUAAGAGGUCUGAUGAACUUUAAAUAUCGCGAAGAUAUCAACCGGGAGGCUGACCGGGAAACUGGCCAGCAGUUUGUUCGGUUCCUUCAGGCGACAAAGGGUGAUGGCGCCACCAUCAACGGCAUUACCCUGAAGCCGAAGGAUGUCCUCAUGUGGAUGUCGGGUUCAACAGAAAUCCCAGCUGUGGGUUUCCACAAGCAGAUUGACAUUGAGUUUGGUGGCGAGGAAAGGGUCAACACUUGUGCACUUUGUGUUACGUUAAAGCAUCUGACGCCUGCUGUUGAGGACCCUGUUUUGUAUUUACAGAGCGUUUGAUAAACUCAUCAACAUUCGGUGAUAUGUGAUAUUUCUUUAUGUUAUGGAGAUAAGAUCUAAUGUUGAUGAGUUUAUCAAUCGCUCUGUAAAAUACAAGACAAAACUCCUCACCAAACUCGAUGUCUAUUUGCUUGUGGAAAUAAAAAAAAAAAAAAAAAAACGUUUUUGUAUUACUGUUUUUAAGUGUUUUGUAAAUAUUGUAUAAAUAUAUACUGGAGUUAAACAAUUUGUUCAUUAACUAAAGUUGCUGAGCCACAGUUAUCAACAUGUUUCCAAAUAUAGUUUUUCCGUAUUACUUUAGCAAUAUUGUAUUAGUAAACAAGCUUUAAAAAGUUAUGCACAUGUGCCGACUUUCAAAAAAAGUUCUUGCGAACAUAAAUAUUAAACCAGGGCCCGUAUUCAUCAACCAAUUCUUAGACUUAAGUCUAAGAAUAAAGAAUAUUCUUUAAAUAGGAUUAUUAAAAAUUGCUUUAAUAUUAAGUCAAACUUGACAUUAACUGUCUCUAUCUAAUUCAUUCGUAAUGAAGAAAUUUCCUUUACGGACAUAACCAUCACUGGUUGCCUGUAUGUUUUCAAACCAUGGGCAUAAUUUUCUUGGUUCAAAGUAUAUUCUUAAGUCUAAGAAUGGGUUGGUGAAUACGGGCCCAGAAUGGUACAGGAUCUGUAACUUACCUAAUGUAUAUUUUUUUUCUAUUAGUUUGAGAAUUGAGAUUGUGUCUAUUAGUUUUAGACUUGACAUUGUGUCUAUUAGUUUUAGACUUGACAUUGUGUCUAUUAGUUUUUGAGAUUGUUAUCAAAAUAAACUGUUGCUCUUGAA